AUGGGGUUCCGGCCGCCGUGCCGGUCCGAGUGCGUCCUGUGCGUCGGCGUCCUUGGGUCGCCGCCGGAGAUGGACACCACCGCGUACACGCGCAUCUUGGAGAACAUCGUCACCUUCUUCAGGUCCUUGGCCGAGAUCAGCGUCACCUCCAGCACCCGGUACGCCAUGAUCGCGCCGCUCGCUCGCAGGAGCCCGUUGUGA